AUGUCAGACCAGGCAAAUUACGACGCAGUCAACAAUCCAUACAGGCGUCGUACUUUCCGUCGACCACCACCACCACCCCGAACAGCAAGCACGAACUUCGGUGAGUCAACAGGCUCACCAACACCACAGCCGAACGAGAACCACGCAAGGAUCCCUACCGCAGAGGAAGUUUAUGGCAGUCUCAGAGACAUCUACCCGACGCUGUGCCAGAACCUUUCGACGGCCACAUUCGGAUCAGUACUGGAACUCUUUCCCGAUGAUGAGACUCGGUAUAAUAUUGUCCGCGCCUACACCCGAUUCGAGCAAGCACAAGUCACUCCUCAGGCACUGGCAUUGUGUCUCUGGUGCGUGUUCGAGACACUACACCAAGGUCAAGCCGCAGUAUCCUUCUUGCCGCAUAAGCUUGUCCAGACCCUCCAGCGACUCGAGCGCCAGUACGAGGGCUUGCCCAAGCACACCGGCUCAGGCGAAGCGCUGUACAACCACAUCUACGGGAUGCUAGCAUACUGCACCGUUCGCGAACAAGCCAUCACGAUGCAAGAGCUGCAGAAGAUCUUCCAAACUUACAACGCAGCCGACCCGAUCCUUGCCUGCUUCGACGACUGGCUUGAACGCAGCGAAGCGGCCCAGGUCCGUGGGAAUGUGCCAAACAAGGCACUGUUCUGGAAGAACAUCUGGAGUGCGGUGCGCGGCUAUCUGGAUUUCUGCUGCAACCGCCAAGAUCGUCCGCAGCAUCUCCUCAUCCAGGUCAUGGUUAGUAUGACUACAUGGCAUGCUACGCUGUGUAUCCUUGAGGGUAUCCGGGACCGUGGCGUGGAUGGGUUCGUCACGAGUGAGGGAGCAUCGCUCCGACCGCCGCAGAAUGCGACUCAACCGCCUGCACCAGUUCAGAUACAGCAGCAGCCAGCUCCAGUGCCACCAAUGCAACCAUCUGUAUCUACUGGACCUGCCCAGGAGGACCCAGGUCAAGCAGCUACCCAGAGCGGAGCAGCCUACCAGCCCUUCCUCCAGAACCAGCAGUAUCCUGCCGGCCGUGCAGGAGUCCCGAGCGAACCCCAAGCCCCCUUCCCCAACUUCGAAGCGCCACAUCCUCCUCCUCCCAACCCUCCAGAAGCCGGGAAGCGCUGCGAGCGCUGCGCCGAGAAACACAUAAGAUGCGACAACGAGCGUCCCUGCAGUAACUGCCGCAAAGUCGGCCGGCAGGCAGACGAAUGCAUCCCUCGCGAGACGAAGCGGCGGGGACCUACAAAGACAGCUGUGCAGGGCGGUGGCAAGCCCUCCUGGGCGGCGGAGCGACCUGAUCCGGGAGCAGGGGCGCGCAACAUGGGCGGUGGUAAGCCCUCCUGGGUGGCGGAGCGACCUGACCCGGGAGCAGAGGCGCGUGAUGUCGGUGAGCCGAGCGUGGGAAUGGAGCAGUUCGAGCCGAUGGGGGAGCUGGCUAUGCCUGCGAAUCAGGUGCCCGAAGCGAUGGGAGACGGUGAGGUGGAGGAGGGAGGUGCGGCAGAGAACGAUGAGGCGGGAGGAGGCAAUUACAACUACAACUACCCCUACACCUACGGCGACGCGGACAAUGAUCCGAAUCCGCGGGAUCAGGAUUAUCAUGAGUAA